AUAACUAUUGUUUUUUCAGGCAAUUUAGGUUUGAAAUAUGCUUAUAGUUUCAUCACCAAAUACGUUUAAUAAACAGGGAUGACAUUAUAUCGAUGUGCUGGAGAUAUUGUUUUUGAUGAUUCUGUACCACAUUCUGGUCAAAUCAGCAGUGUUAUCUUAAAGAAUUUGUCUGAAACAUGUAACUUUUUACAGUAUCUAAAGCCUUUAAGUUAUGAUCAUCCUUAUUUUUGUGCACAGAUAAGAUCACUAGCAAUCAAUAGCAAAAUAACUCUUGGUAUUGCUGGACCUGACAUUUUGGAAGGUACUCAUCCAGGUAACUGGAAUAACACAGUUGGUUAUCACAGUGAUAGUGGAAGAUGUUAUACAUCACACAGAGAAAUAGCAAAUACAAAGGGAGAAGGUUUUGGUAUAGGAGAUAUAUUUGGUGUUCAAGUGACACAUUUUGGUAGCUCAAAAUGUACUGUGGUGUUUUCUAAAAAUGGAAGACCGGUUGCAACACGGUUUUUAUUUGAAAGUGAUCCCAAUAAUCUGCUACCAACAAUAUCUCUGGAAAAUGGCCCUGUAGAUUUAGGUCUGAUGUGGCCUGAUGCAGUCAGUGAUGUGCCUGUUUUUGAUAUGACUGAUAUGAACCAUUGGAUAUCGUCCUCAGAUGUAACCUAUGACCCCUUUUCAAAUAUGUUUAUAAUGAAAUCAGUAGAAGAAGAAGUAACAAUACAAAGCCCAGUUCCACUUUCACCAGCAUUAAGUCAUUUUGAAGUCAUUAUACGAGAAUGUUCUGAUAAAGGUGUAGUGCCAUCAAUAGCGAUCUCAAGUUGUAGUCCUAUCAAACCAGCACCAACAAACAAUUUACUAAGAGACUAUUUAAGAUGGAAUGCAAAUGAUGGCUAUCUGAAAGUUGGACAUCAUUUAGGUUGGGGUAUAUGUUACCUACCAUGUGAAAAAGAGAAAGAUGAUUUUGAUCCGUUAUGUCAACAGCUUGUUCUAUGUUAUGUAACUAUUAACACAAUGAUAGCUCAUAAACAGAUUAUAUUACAGCCUGAAGGUGGAUUUUAUCCACUUGUUAUAUUAAAAAAUACAGCCUCUAAAGCAAGUAUAGAUGUUAUAUCAAAUCCAUAUCCAAUGGUUAAAAUGAAUGAUAUGGAAAAUCAUCUUUUAGAUGCUACCAAGGCGUUAAGUAAUGACCAAAUGACUAGAGAUAUAACUAGGAGCAUGUUCAGAACAUCAGAAAGCAUAGAUAUUGAAGUUAAACAAGACAUGUGUAGACUCACUCUUCCAGCCAAUACGAUGGGAAUUCAUGCUAUUCAGUUCCUAAAGCCACUUACAGUAGUACAGAGUAAUUUUUUCAUCGAAGUCCAAUGUUUAAAUGAAGAUUCAUUCAUAGGUAUAGGGAUAGCAGACAAUAAUUUACCUCUAAAGAAACAACCAGGAAAAGUAAAGAAUUCUGUAGGUUGGCUGUCACGUGAUGGUAAAUUAUAUUUUAAUGGUAGAAAUGAUAGCUAUGUUACUGGAGAAAGAUAUUUUGCAGGUGAUACAGCAGAAGUACGAUUAGAAUAUGUUGGUAAAAAUACUUCUGUUGUUGUAUUUAAUAAGAAUAACAGAACUGUUGGAUGUCGUUACCUCAGUGAAUCUGAUCAUUCACAGUUUCUUCCUACUGUUACAUUAUGUGGUAAUGGUUAUAAGGUUGUUGUUGAUGUCUGCUGGCAGAAUCAGAAUACAGCUCCACCAAAACCAGCUAUUGAUAAUUUAGAGAAUUGGUGUCUUCCACCUGGAUCUGUUAUAGAUUAUAAUAAAGAUAUAAUACAUGUUAAACAUCAUUCUUCUCCUGUUGCCAUUCAAUCACCUGUCAGUUUAAAUCAAGAAUUUAACCAUUUUGAGAUUGUCAUGCCUCAUACUUCUUCCACCAGUACAGCUCUACCUAUAAUAGGAUUAACUACACCCAGUCCAUUUGAUCCACCAUCAGUUUCAAACUUUAAACAGGAUUUAAUACGAUUUUCAGGAUUUAAUAAUGUAGAUACAAGUGUUAAAGAAGGUGAUAGAGUUGGAUGGGGUUUAUUAUAUCUAGAUACAUCUAUAGAUGUUAGUGAUGAACAAUUAGUUAUAUGUUAUUUAACUAUUAAUAGAGAUGUACAGUUAGCUCGUGUUAUAUAUCAACCAGAUGGAGGAUUUUAUCCUAUUGUAAUAUUACCACCAGCAUUAAAUAUGAUUCAGUUAGAUUUUAGUGCUACAAUUAUCAGGGAGCAUCCAUUUACUAAUGAUAUGUUAGAGUUGUUGAUAACUGAAGCAUUACAGUUAUUGGAGAAAGAAGAUCAACUUCUGGCCCAGGGUGCUGAUAUUGAACCUCUUAACUUGUUCCGAUCAUUGCAAGAUUUAGAAACAAAAAGUAAAUCACCAGAGAAUACAUCCAAAUCCAUACUUAAAUCAGACAGUAGUUCAUUAUCGAAUGGUUCAAGUGCUCAGACUAAAUCUCAGGAAUCGACCCCCAAAAACAAGAAAAAAUCCAAACACAAACGCUCCCAUUCUAAAGGUUCCAUUCAUAAAGAUGAAGUUCAAUCCAAGAGUUGCACCAUUUUAUAAACUGUGUUAAUUUUAUAACAAGUCCAAUCAUACAUACAUGUACUUAUAUUUUGUGUUUAUAAGAACUGCCCACAGUGAUGUUUAAUUGCAAAUCCAUCCAUAGUGACUUACUGACUUACAAUUAUAAAUACAUCCAUUGACACAGUAGAAAUAUGUAAAUCAAAAAUGUAAUCCGAACUUCAUUACCAUUAUUUAAACUUCAUGGAUUUUAUAUCUUGUUCACAAUUUAUUCUGUAAACAAAAAAUACUUGUAUUGUUUUAUAAUAACAAAUCCAUCCAUAAUGAUGCAUAAUGUAAAAUAACAAAUGGAAAUCUGCCCAUAGUGAUACUGUUGUAUAAUAACAAAUCCAGCGAUGAUAUACAAGAAAUAUAAUUAUAAAAUAUUUUAUAUUUUUAUACAGCCAUUAUUAAAGAUAUACUAUAUACCAUUAUUUGUACAGAGUUUUAUGUUUUUUCAUGUUGAACUGUGAUCUGUCGUGUUUGUGUUCAUAAUUUACAUAAUUAAUUUACAAAAAUAAAGCUAUUGUUUUAGAAUUGAUGUUUAAUUUGAAUCUUUAUUGUUAUAUUGGCAUUUAUUAAUAACUCUGAUUUUUUUUGGUUCAUUGAAUUUAUAUAAAAAGCAAUUGUCACAAUAAUUUGUAAUAUUUAUAAUAAAAUAUUUUUGUACCAGUAAUUUAAAAUACAUUUUGUAAGAUAAAUAAUUUCACCCAUUAAAAUUUAAAAGGAGUAAAUCGCUAUCAUUUAAAUGUUUAUGUACAUAAUAAAAUAAAAUGUUGUAAAAUAUCAGUUACAUAAAUUAUUAUUCAAUUUUCAAUAAUUGGCGGAAUAUAUGUUUAUUGUGAGUACCAUAUGAAAAAAAAAAAUAGUACAUUUAUUUUCAUAUUGAAAACCAUAAUGAUUCUUUAAUGAACCCUAUAUGAGAUAGAGUUGUGAAAUCAUGUUACAAAAUUAGAAUUAUUUACAUGAAGUACAAACUAGCACUUUAAAAAAUAUAAAAUACUAUGACUACUUUUAUUUUUAUAAUGUAUUAAAUAUAUUGUUAUUGGUUUUAUUAUAAAGUAUGUGAUAAAUGUUGAUAAUGGAAUUGUUGUAUGUAAAUUUGUUAAAAUAUUGUCAUUAGAGAUGGACACUAUGAUUAUAAAUUGUUAUUUUAAUGAAUUAGAUUUCGAGUUCUAUUGUCAAGUUUGAAUUUAUUAGUUAUAAAUGUCAAUGAAAUAAAAUUAA